UGCUGUCGUUGGCGAGUGAGAGUCAACGGAUCUCGACUACCCCAGUUGAAGGCAUUGUGUAUCCCAUGCACCAUGUUUCGUAUUGUUUGUUUGUGUGCUUUGUUCAUUUGCGGCUUGGUCUUUGCAUCGGCCCAAGACAAUGUUGUCAACAAGGCCGAGAAUUUCGUCCCCGUAGACGAGUGGACCACUGAGCGAGUGGAGGCGAUGAUCAAAGCAAAAGCUGAGGCUGAGGAGAGAGGCAGGACUCCCGAAGAGGUGAGAGCCGAGGUUGACUACUUGUUCCACCUCUACGCCAAACACGUCAGGGACGGCAACUGUGGUGCCAUCAUCAACUUGUAUCAUCCGGAUAUCACGUUGAUAGGCUAUGAUGGGGAUUUCACGAAAGGACUCGAAGUGGACCAGUCCACUGAGUUAGCGCUUCUUAUCAUUGUUAGCGUGUCUGGGGCCUUCUGGCUGGCGCCCAGCAGAUAG